AAGAUGUGCGCUAUUCAGACAACUUUAAAAUUACUUGAGGACUGCAUCUGUAUUUAUCACUUCUUAUUUUAGUUCUUAUUUACCUUUAUAUUUAGUAACGUUAGGGGAGGGCGGUGUAUAAACUAAGGCUUUUUGACUUUGGCUCUAUCAUUCAAAAAUAUUUGCGUUAGAUUUAAUAUUUUAUACAAAAUGUCCCUGUCCUGGAAACUGCCCCUUAAAGUUUGUUUGUGAGAUCUACCGUUAUCGUACACCGGAAGUGACAGGAUUGUAAACGUUACCUCAGUUGGGGUUCAUUGUGAACAGAGGGUUUGUUGUAACAUCUGCUAGAUAAUUUAGUUUAAACACACAUUAUUCAUUCAAAUUCUGUUUAUAUACCAAAGGUGGACGUUGUAUCUGAUAAAUCCAUCAAUGAUCCUUCAUCUAACCGUUCUUGUAUUAUGCACAAUGCGUAAAUAGAUUUUUUUUAAAGGCAAAAAUGAUAAUUGUGAGUUAUUUCCCCUGAUAUUGUAUUAAGUUAUCAUUUUGAUGAAUAGUAUUUACAUUGUUUUCAUUUAAUUAUCAUUGUAUACCUGAGGCUUAAUUGUAACAGUGUGUGACAACUUGCCCAGCUGUGUAAAAAUGUUUUCAAUCCCAGCUAUCAGUUAUUAGGAGUAGGGCUGCACGAUAAUGAGACCAUAUGCGAUGACGAUAUGUCUUGCGAUAUGUCUUUCUUAGAAAAAUUAUAUUUUUAUUGGCUUUUAUUUUAUCAUUUAGAUACGUAAUGAAAUAAACAGGUAAUGCAUAUUCUAAAAUUGUAAUUAAAUCUAAUUCAGGCUAAAAAAAACUCUGCUAUACAUGUGACAAACAGAAUGUGUGACCAUACGCAGUACUUUGAUUUAUUGAAUAUUUAUAUUAAUUUCAUAAAUCCAACCACUUCAAACUCUCUCUGCUUUCUCUUUGACAUGAACAAAGCUGAAUGCACUUUACUGUUACUUUACUGCAAUACUUGUGAAGAUGACCCCCCUUUAAAAGGGAUUCAUUAACAUUGUGAGAGGUGUAGAAAUACUAACUUUAUACAAUAAUAUGUAUAGUAAUAGGGGUUGCUAAAAUGUUUCAAAACGAUGUUAUGUUUUAAUUCACAAGACAGUGAUUAAAACUUGCAUAAGGUGUCUAAAAAUUACCCCCCUGCCCCCAUACACUAUCACUCUCAUUGAAAUAAAGAAAUCCUCUAUAUAUCAUUUAAGGUGGGGGAUUAUUUCCCCUCCAUUUUUCAGGCCUUGACCUCCACAGAAGCCACACUUGCAUUUGACCCCAAGGACUACAUCAAGUCAAGUAAGUUUUGAUGAUAAACUUGCAUAAAUAUAUUUGAUCUAUGGUAUUAUAGUUUAACUAGCAAAUACCAAAAUGUGUUUACACAGUAGCUAGGUAACUAGCCGGUAAAUCAGAUAUCUAAAUGUAAGCUAGCACUAUUAUAAUAAUAAUGUUUAUUAUGCAUUUAUGUUUCUUAAUGAAAGAAUCUGUCUGUAGGAGUCAUGUUAAGAGUAUGUCAUGUGACCUUGGGAGAAUAAAGCCGUUAUUAAUUAUGUAGGGUUAAAAUACCUGUGUGUAGCUUUGGAAACAUGGGGGUGAGUGCAGGAGCACAUAUUUUUUGGUUGACUGUAUAAUCGUAUAUUUAUUCAGACUCAGUAUUGUUAACUAUACUGCUAGAUUAAAACAAUCUUCAAUGAAGAAUAAACGGCAAACUGUAAGGAUGAUUGACGUGUCACAAUUUUAUUGCUUUCCACUCAGCUCCUUGGCUGUUUAAAACGGGUUAUUGUGCCACUACAGAAUCAAUUAAACUUCGACUUAAAAUUAAAUCAGUCAAGACGUCAUUUUUAACAUUUGUAUUACCUUGCAUGCAUGUCUGCUUAUGACCAAACAAUAUGUUUAUUUAUGUUUGCAUAUGGUAUAGUUUAUAUACAUUUCCACUCAUUUCCAAAAAUUCCUGAUAAAUUUGUAAUUUAGAAUAUUAAAAUAAUUCUCCAGAUUAAGUUCUCAUGGACAAUUUCAGAAAAUUUACCAGGAACUUUCCGCCCCUUAGCAAACCUAUUUGAAAUUUUGAAAAGAUAUUGUCAAUGAUUUUUUCAGUAAUUUAAAUAUACUUUCUCUAUUGUUUUCCAGAGAUCGACCGAUAACAAAUAUUUGGAUGCUUAUGUGCCCGAUAACCGAUAUGCUGAACCGAUUUUUAUUUACUGUUAUACUUCUGCUUUUGACAUAAUUACUACAACACGACUGGACUGGACUGAACUGAACAAACCCUUAUAAUAAUAAUAAUAAUAAUCAUAAUCACUCCCUCUUUGCAUACAAUGUCUAAAAAGAGUGAAGAAUAGUACAUGGACCAUUCCAAACACCCCUAUCAUUUCGUCAGAAAUGGACUGAUCCAAAGUUCGCGCUAAGGUUGCCAGGUAACGAAGCAGGAGAGAGAACAGUAUAGCGGAGUUGGCUGCAUAUUGUACAUAGUUUAUAGAGUAAAACAGGUGAAUUAAGUGCCUUUCUUGAGAUAUAAUAUCGUUGUCUUGACCAGCAACAUGUAGCCUUCAGCAAUCCAACCAGUAGUUAGCAAAGAGAUUUUACAAAUAAUAUCACUGACUGGAAUAAUACUUUCAGGAAAGUAACAACCAAAACGACUUAUCAUUGAAUUUCUUAACUGGUAAUGUUAUUUGAUGUCAGAAUAAUUAAUAUUUUGUUGUUAUAGGCUAGCUUAUGAAAUGGCUGUUGACAGCGCUGAUUAUCUAUGCAUUUACUCAUGCAUUAUCAAACUGUGACCGCUUGCAGAGGUAAUAAAUAAUUAAUUAAUAUCCAUAGACAUUUAUUUAGAUAUUUUAGUAGAAUAAUGUUUAUCUGGUAAAUGUUAAUAUAACUUAGGGUAAAUCUUGUUAAAAGUUAGCUACAUGGUGGCUGUGCUUCAGCCUUCAUCCCCGGUAAGUGAACAGCAUAUGAACGUGAUUUUACGUUGCAAAUGAUAAGCAUAAUUAAAGGCGCUCGAUGCAUUUUCAGCGUUUUUGUCAAACAGCGACCCCUAGAGUCGCUGGAGAAUACUUGCAACUGUCGUAAUUUCCCAGUCCCACUCUAAUACACCUCCGAAUAUAAUGACCAGGUAAUGUUUCACAAUUUCAUACAAAUAUUAGGCUACUGCAUAGUCUACUAAACUACAGAUGAUGGUAAUAGGAUAAGAAGUUGUUUAUUCCAAGUGAAGAGUGCAUAUAAUAACAAAGUACCGCGUUUGCUAGCUUAUAACGUUUUUACAUGAUUGCAGCUAAAUCACAAGUAAACAGUCUAUAGUCUACUUUAUAAUUUCAUUUGUGUUCUUUUAUUGUAAUGUAAACAUUACAAAAUGCCAUGACAAAGUUAAUUGUGUACGUUGCAUUAUUUCAUAACAUUGAUACAUGAUUAUUGCUAUUUAUCAUAAUAGUUUGCAUAUUGUGCAUGUUUACACUAUUUACAACCUCUAGGCUUAUUUAUGUCCUGAUAAUUAUGUGAGAUAUUGACAACUGUUGUCAUGAUAAUCGCUUGACAUACUACAAGCAAGCACAACAACAAACAACAUAGACCGCAAACAAGUUUACAAAUAAGAGAUUUACUUACUAGUCCAUCAACAAGAUCGCCAGAUCAGCAUCCCUGUUGCAUCCAGUGCUGUCUUUUAGCUCACGCCAACGAGUAAAAACCUGACUGAGUGGGACUCUUGUCCGAUUCCUAACACGGUCAUAUUCUCUUUUCCUUUUCCUACUCUCUUCCGAAUGCGCUUUCUUAACUUUUAAAUCGUUUAGCCUCACGUCUCAAAUUUGCGCGUGCAGUUGUUGGUAUAGGCUUGUUUGACUUCAUGCAGCGCUGCAAGAACCGACAGCCGGAUGACGUCAAAAUGCCGUCUCGGAUCAUUCUCGCGGUACUUUGACGUCAUCCGGCGGUCGGUUCUUGCAGCGACACACGAAGUCAAACAAGCCUAACGUGUGUGAUGCCGUUGCCGUAAAGCAAGUCGUGAUUCUCACGAGAUUUGUCAGGGGCAGUUCUAUCAAGCUUGCAUUGCUGGUUUUGCUUGCAGCGUCCACCCCGAGCUUCAACAGGAGGAUGAUUCGCGCUACUAUGACUUUGUUUACCAACGAAAUAACUUUUAAGCUGUUAUAUUAAGGUAAAAUAACUACAUAGUGUGUCUUUAACAGAAAAACUAAAUUAAUUUAGCAUUUUUAAUUCCACCAAGCAUUAAUUCAUGGCUGUUUUAUUCAUGCAAGGCUACGUCGUUAUUGGGACCGGAUUUUAUGGAUCGGCGUGACUCUGUGAGUUCGUCUCUAUUCUUGGACAAGCUGCAUACAUUGCUUUUAAUUAAUCAACUUAUUUAACAUAACAUACAUUAAUGCACAAAUAAUAUGUGUUAUAAAUGCCUGCAAAUAUCCAAAGUAAGUAUACUCAAAGACCUUUUAAUGAAGUCGUGUCACUCCGCAUUCAUAUUUGCUUUGCACGCUGCUGCUGCUGUGCGCUCCUCUCCUCAGAUGCGCCCAGCGCGCAAUUCUCAAUUCUCUCGUUUAUCAGUCAAUCCGAUAUUACAAAAAUAUCGGAAAACAGAUAUAUCGGUCGAUCUCUAUUGUUUUCUCUGGCUGUAUCAUUUCAUUCAUGCUGAGAACACUUUGUGCCGCCAGUGCAGACAUGUUUCACAUGGAGCUAUAAUUCAGGUAUUACGUGAAGUCAUGUUUUCAUUCAUCUGUAUUUUUGUCUGUUGCUUUUGAAUAUUAAAACUGAGCAAUAGAGAGCUUAAAAGUGAGAGGGAGAUAGACAUCUGGGUGGGUCCUGGUUUAUUUUCAAUGCAGGAAAACCCUGCUGCAAUAAUCAGAUGAUGUCUGAAUCAUUUCACUUUGACAUGCAUAACUAACUUCUAUUCAAAACCUUGAUCGCCCGAUAUAAGUAAAAUAAAAACUGCAUGGAAACGUUUAUUUAAAUUAAUUAAAAAAAGGAAAAUCCCCCAGGUCUACACCAAACAUAGAUUCAGAUUCUGUAAUUAAUGCUUGAGAAAACAUUCUGAAGUGAAGCAUUAAAAAGUCUGAAACAGAUGGUGAAUGUUUUACUGACAUUUAAUGUUUUAAUGUCUCUUCUUUCAUUUCUAGUUCACACCCAUAGAGUGAAAGUGAUUGAGAUCUUCAGUGAAGCUCCUCCUACAACAAUCCACCAAUAAAUGCUGGAGUCAAACACACAGAGAAAUCACUCCAUGUGUGACAACUGAAAUCUUCAUGAUAUAAUGUUGAUGCUGGUGAAAGAGGAGCUUGAGAAGAUGACAGAUCCACAACCAUGUAGAAUAAAGGAUGAAGAUACUGAGAAACAAAUAGAUAUGAUGGAAGUGAAAGAGGAGUGUCAAGCUGAAGUAGAUGAGAAACAUCAGAUUGUACAAAUAAACCAUAAUGUUUCACAGAAAGAAACUCUGAAGACAGAAGACAUAAAGUGUGAAAAUAGUUUCAGUGAAGAUGAAAGCCCUGAAGAUCACAAGAGGACUCACAGUGAGGAGAAACCUUUCACAUGUCAACAGUGUGGAAAGAGUUUCGGAAGAAAAGGUCACCUUAAAACACACAUGAAGAUUCACACUGGAGAGAAACCACACGCGUGUCAUCUGUGUGGAAAGAGUUUUAUAAAUGCAGGUGACCUUAAGAAACAUUUGAGGACUCACACUGGAGAGAAACCUUACACUUGUCAUCUGUGUGGAAAGAGUUUCUCUAUUGAAAGUUACCUUAAAAUACACACAAGGAUUCACACUGGAGAGAAACCUUACACUUGUCAACAAUGUGGAAAGAGUUUCUCUGUUGAAAGUAACCUUACGAUACAUGCAAGAAUUCACACUGGAGAGAAACUAUUUGUGUGCCAAGAGUGUGGAAAGAGUUUUAUAACUGCAGCUGAACUUAAGAUACACAUGCGGACUCACACCGGAGAGAAACCACAUCUGUGCCAUCACUGUGAAAAGAGUUUUAUAACUGCAGGUAAACUUAGAAUACACAUGAUGACACACACUGGAGAGAAACCUUACACUUGUCAUCUGUGUGGAAAAAGUUUCUCUAUUGAAAGUUACCUUAAAACACAUGCCAGAAUUCACACUGGAGAGAAACCUUACAGAUGCCAUUAGUGUGAAAAAUGUUUCAGAAGCAAAAGUAGCCUGAUAACACACAUGAAAAUUCACAAAGCAGAGAAACUUCACACGUGAUUUCAGUGUGGAAAGUGUUUAAGUACGGAGAGUCAUCUUAAGAAACACAUGAUAACUCACAGCAAAAAGAAACCUCACGCAUGUCUUCAGUGUGAAAAGAGUUUCAGAGAUAAACUUGGACUUGAGACUCACAUGAGAAGACACACUGGAGAUAAACCUUACAUAUGUCUUCAGUGUGAAAAAAGUUAUAUAAGUGAAAAAAAUCUUAAGAUACACAUGAAAGUUCACACUGAAGGAAAACCGUUCACUUGUCAACACUGUGGAAAGAGUUUUACAAUAAAGGGUGCCCUUAACAAACACAUGAGAAUCCACACUCGAUAGAAACCAUUCAUGUGUCAACAGUGUGGAUAUGACAACAAAGCUUAGAAAUCAGCUGAGGUCUUAAUAAAACAUAGGAUAGGAUCCUUACUUGACAUCUACAUGCGCACAAAUGCCCAAAAUGUCUGUUCUUGUGUUCUUGUAGACUUGUAAAAUCUGUAGUCGCAGCCCCAAUACUGCUCCAAUUCCAACUUUGCAUCGUGCCAAGUUCAAAUAACAUGCCCGGAUGUGUUCUUGAUCUGCUCAUUUUAUCGAGGAUGCAUCAGGAGGUGACUUGUGUGGACUUAUGACAGCCAAGUUUCCCAGAAUGCAUUUUGCGUCAGCGGCAAUGAAGCUUAAAACCUGCAAAAUGUUUGAAAUAUUACUCUUUUUGUUGUGUCAUAAAAUGUAGCUGUUUAGUCAAGAAUAUGGAUGAAUUAACUUUAAAUGUGUGGUCGGUUAUUAAAUAUAGUGCCUAUAUUAAAAGAUUUGGAUAUUUGAGAUCAAGGUGAUCAGCAGGGGGUCAGUGCCGUGUACACCGCCGAGGGCAGCCUUAUUUUGUCAAGUCCUUCUAAAAUGUGCCACUAGCUCAUUGCAGCUGCUCUGCCCUUCAGUGUCUGAUGGUCAAACAUGACAUAUUCCCUUUGGAUAUAUCUAACUGGCAUUUUUUAGUCUCAGUUUAUUUCUCUUAAUUAUUCAUAUUAAGUCUGUUUUUUGUUAUUAUCAUUUUAACUGAUGUACAUUUUCAUAACUUAAAUCACAUAUAUUUUCUAUAGAAUCUUAGCACUGAAUCACUGCCUUUGUACUUUAAGUAGAUUUUAUUCUUGUGUUAACUUCAUGUUGUGCAAAAGUUUGGUACUUUUAAAAUGAAUGGUUGUGUUUUAUAUCAUAUUUUAUUUUGUAAUAAAGACAUUAAAGCAAACCAGCGUAUGCACCAUAGAUUGUAAAAAAGAUGCAUGUAGUGUCCGUGACGCCGUCACCCAUAGUGUUCUGAAGAUUGUUUUUGAAGCCAAUUGUAGGCGGUACCUGUCAUCUCCAUCUUGUCCACGCAUCACCGCUCUUCACUCGUGUAAAGAGGCAUGACCUGGGUGAAGCUGAAGUGACUGGUUGCUAAAACCAUGCCCACCUAGCUCGACUAACAGUGACAAUAGUGUCUGUUCAACCGCCACUCAAGUAGCCAUGCCCUUUAUUAUGCAGAACUUCAAAGCUUAAUAUAAUUUAAAUGGAUGAGUUACAAAAAAAUUCACCCCCUCACCUUUUGGAGCCAACCUCUAGUGGCCAGUCAAUGAAAUGCGGUUUAAAUCUUCCAUAUUUGCUUCAUCAGAGAGAUAGGAAGGUUGCCACUCGGAAUGCUUGUGUUGCCUGAACCACAUGUUCAUAUUUUCUAAAUGAAAACAAGCAAGGUUUUUGCAUUUAAUAUAUAUUUACAUUUUUUAUAUUGCAUGGCUGACACCACCGUCGGUGUAUGUUUGAAUGAGUGAGUGAAUGGGUGAAUGUGAGACAACUUGUAAAGCGCUUUGGAUGGCCAUGAGUCUGUUGAAAGUGCUAUAUAAAUGCAGUCCAUUUACCAUUUUACAAAAAUAUAUUAAAGGGACAUUCCACUUUUUUUGAAAAUAUGCUCAUUUUCCUGCUCCCCUAGAGUUAAACAUUUGAUUCUUACCGUUUUGGAAUCCAUUCAGCUGAUCUCUGGGUAUGGCGCUAGCACUUUUAGCAUAGCUUAGCACAAUCCAUUAAAUCUGAUUAGACCAUUAGCAUCACCCUAAAAAACAACCAAAGGUUUUCAGUAUUUUUCCUAUUUAAAACUUGACUCUUCUGUAGUAACAGUGAGGAAAAUACGUAUUUGAAC